AUGUAUCCACUCGGAACUUCACCUACACCAGAAGUCGACCCAAACUAUAUGUUUAAAUACCUCCACACCGAACAACAAUUUCCAGAUAAUUAUAUCGAAGAAUGGUUUUUAGAAGGAAUGCGAGUGAAUUACCAUCUUCAAGUUCUUCCACUGACCGAUGUGUUAAGAGAAUCAUUAGCGUUGUCGCAACAAAUCAGUACUGUGGUGUUAUAUAUUACUGUUUUUAUGUUAACGGGGUCCUCCACAAUUCAACUCCAAACAGUGUAUUGGGCUGAUAUCUUUUUGCUACUGUUGUGUUACGUUUCGUGUGUCCCCCUCAAAAUAUCUCCACAGAAAUUUUGUGGGUGGAGAGUUGUGAUAUUGUUUGGGAGCUUUUGGGGAUUAGUCCCCGUCAUAUCAACCAUCACCACUGGGUAUGACCCAAACACCAUUUACACCAUCUCUGGAUUCCUUUUUGUCAUUCAUUUGACAUCUUUUGACUAUGGGUAUAUCAAUAAUUAUGUGAAUGAAAUCAAAGGCGUUGUUGCUUAUAAUGCGGUGAUGGUGGCCGCCGUCACUUUAUCAAGUGUGUUACCUGAAAGGGCAAUGAUCUUCCCUUUGAUCUCGUUCGCUAUUAUACUCUUUGUAUUUAACCCGAUAUUCAGACACUAUUUACACAAACGAUCAAAUAUAGUUUAUAUUCUAUAUAACGCGUUCAUGUUCUUCGUUACACUUUGCUUUGUCACUCUUUACUCAAAAAGAAUGGCUCUUGUCUAUCUCUUCGGCAUUCUGUUUGCGACAUUCCUCAUGCCUAAACUCUGGAAUAAACUCCAAGGGUUCAAAACAGAAGUCAGCGGUGCUUGGGACGAGGCAGUUCCAGCUAGUGAUUGA